ACGUAUUAGUGGCAAAUACUCUCUCCGUUUUUCAAUAUUUGUCGUUUUCAGUUUUCUAUGUAACAUUUAUUAAUAAUUAAUGUUGUCUGACCAAUGAUAAUAUAUCUUCUAUUUUUAUAUUGGUUGAAUUGUAGUUAGGUAAAUAGUUAAUGAUGUUUUUGUUUCAAAAAUAUAAGAAAUUAAUGAUUUUUUUAAUCUAUGUGUAUAAUUUUAAAACGACUUAUAUUGAAAAACAGAGGGAGUAUUAUCCAAUGCAGUCUCAAUUGAGCUGUUUAAGUGUAUUCAAUUGCAUUAAUUGAGAAAACAUUGAAUUCUGUCCAACAACCUUAUUUUGUUAAUUGAAUUUUAAUUUCAUUAACAAAAUAACAUAUUCCUUCCGUUUCAAAAAAAAAAAAAAUCUUAAAAAUAUAUUGGUUUCAAAAAAAUACAUUUUCAGUGCAUUAAUUAAUUGUAUUAUUCAUUCGGCUUUUGGAUUGGUUCAAUGGUUAUUAUUAUUAUUUUUUUUGCUAAAAAGGUUCAAUGGUUAUUUCCGAUGGGAUAAACGUCGUCGCAUGAUGAUGAUAUGUCUUUCUCUCCUAACGGCCAAAUUUUCAUCUCUAACCUCACUGUCUGCAAUGGAAGCAGCGAGAUUCAUCAACCAAAUUCAAAUCCCGAAAAACCCUAAUCGCAGAUCCUCCUCUCGUCCCGCGCGCUUUAUCAGAGCUUCGUCUUCACAGGAGCCGAAAAGCUACAGAGGUCCGAAACCGAGCAAGAACUUGGUGGCUGAUUUCGUUUCCAGGAACGACGACUCGGUCCGGAGCUUGCCCAUCUACGUCGGAGGCGCUUCCCUCUUGGCCGUUCUCUUCAAUCGCGCUGUUUCCGGUAUCGCUCCUGUUGCCGAUGCUAGCAGCUCACAGUCAAGAGCGGAUCUACUGGCGCUUGGUUUGGCUGUAACUAACUUAUUGACCGGUUUAGUCUGGUUAUCGAUCCGACCGAAGACCAUAACACCAGUGGAACCUCAAGGUGUGGACUGCAAAGUUUUGGAACCCAAUCUUCCUCCAUCAAUACUCUCCGAGUUGUUAUGGGCUUGGGAGUCUCUUAAGGUGGCAACAUGUUGUAAGUCUCUGGUUAUUGUCUACAAUGGCAUUUGCCUUCUUCAAAUCGGGAUGGCUGCUAAAUCUCCGGAUGUCAACCAAGCAGUCCUUGUAAACACUGCUAAGCUGAUGACAGGAUCGGUUUACCGAGGGGUAUUCAAAUCCAAAGCACAAAGUUACUUGGCAAAUCUUUCUCUAUAUCCUGGGAGAUCAGAGCUACCAUUUCUGCCUCCAAAUACACAGGCGGUGAUUUUGCAGCCGCUUGGUGAUAAAGGAAUCGCAGUUAUUGGCGGAAACACCAUCAGAGGCUUCACGUCUUCAGACCAGGCAUGGAUUUCUUCAAUUGGGGAGAAGCUUGAUGCCACAUUGGGGAGACGUUUUCUUGAUUCAGAUGAGAUUUCCCAAGAAACAGAUCAGUAAAGGUAACACAAACAAUGUAAAGAACUUUGUUUACACAAAGUGGAAAUGUAAAAAUAGAUUCAAGAAAUCAUGAACUAAAACACUUAUACAUCAGCUUAGAGUUCAUGUAUAAAACCAAUAAAAACUUCUUCACGAGCCCAACUAUGAAGUGUGUGCUCAGGUAGAAUGAAGGCUUUUGGAACC